AUGCCCUUCAAUGAUGAUGAAGAGGCUUCACUUCAAAGGAUGGUGAAUGAGGAUAUAGAAAGCCGGGAAACGAUGUUUGAAGUUUCUGCAUCAGGAAACCAUGCUCUUAUCAGAGAAGUAACACAGUAUGACAACAUUUUUGCUGAAGAAGAAGAACAAAACAAAGAACCUAAAGAGGAAAUGGCUGAUAAAUUGGAUGGAGCAUACAAAGAAUUAGAAGACUAUUACAAUAAAAUGAGCACAUUGUUAAAACAGUCAAAGACUGAAUACCCAAACAACCUCCUGGUACACAUUAAAUACUCACAAUGUAUGACAUUGUUGGAGAACAUCUCAAAAUUUGUUGAUGAAAAUGCCAAAGAAAUGCCAGCUGAAACAGAAGAAGAUACACAAGAAACUGAGGAUGAAAAUGAGGUGGUACUAGGAGAUAAAAAUGAAAAAGAAGGGGAAAAGGAGAAGCCUGAAAAAGAAAACGCCAUUAAAGAGCAAACAGUUCAGGAAAACACCAAAGAAUUUGAAAAUGAAGAACAAGGAGAGGAAGGAUGUGAAAAUGAAGAAGAAAGGGAGAAGGAGAUGGCUAGAAUUGAAAACGCCAUUGAAGUGGAAACAGUUGAUGAAAACGCCAUGCAAGUGGAAAAAUUUCAUGAAAACGCCAUUGAAGAUGAAAAUGAAGGAAAAUGA